UCUCGAAGGCUGCGCUUUGCGUGGAGGCUGGCUGUCAAAGUGUAACCGGUUUCAUUCAUUUCUUCGUCUCUCCUAGCUGAAGUUUCGACAUUAUUUCAAACAUGUUCGAGGAGGCAAGCGAAGUGUUCGAAAACAUGUUUAAGUCGUCGUUCCCACUGACUUUUAUUGUGUUUUUGCCGGCCGUUUUAAUCCUCGUCUCGCCACUUCCAGCAGAAGCGGCGCAUGAGUUCACCGUCUACCGAAUGCAGCAGUACGACCUGCAGGGGCAGAAUUACGGCUCCAGAAAUGCUAUUUUGAACACCGAAGCCCGGACCGUCGAGGCAGACGUCCUGAGCCGUCGCUGCGUGCUGAUGCGACUGGCCGAUUUCUCUUACGAGAAGUAUCAGAAGGCGCUGCGGCAGUCCGCGGGCGCCGUGGUCCUCGUCCUUCCCACGAACAUGUCCACUCUGCCACAGGACAUCGUGCAACAGUUCAUGGAGCUGGAGCCAGAGCUUCUGGCCACAGAGACCAUCGUUCCUGUCUACUUUGCGCUGGAAGAUGAUGAGCUGCUGUCCAUAUACACACAGACUCAGGACUCCUCCACCUCUCAGGGGUCCUCCUCUGCAGCUGAAGUGCUUCUGCACUCAGCCACUGCCAACGGGUUUCAGAUGGUGACGAGCGGCGCUCAGAGUAAGGCUGUGACUGACUGGGCCAUUACCAGCCUAGAGGGAAGACUAACGGGCGUAGGAGGGGAGGAUCUGCCAACCAUAGUGCUCGUGGCUCACUACGACUCUUUUGGAGUGGCUCCUUGGCUUUCCUACGGCGCUGACUCUAAUGGCAGCGGAGUGGCAGUGUUGCUUGAGCUGGCGCGCCUCUUCUCCAGACUCUACUCCCACAAACGGACUCACGCUGGGUAUAACCUGCUGUUCUUCCUGUCGGGAGGAGGGAAGUUUAACUAUCAGGGCACCAAACGCUGGCUAGAGGACAACCUGGACCACACAGAGUCCAGCCUCCUGCAGGAUAAUGUGGCGUUCGUGUUGUGUCUGGACACACUAGGUAAUGGAGACAGUCUUCACCUGCAUGUCUCUAAGCCUCCAAAAGAAGGCAGUCCACAGCACGCUCUGCUCAGGGAACUGCAGAUGGUCCUCCAGCAGUACCCGGACCUUAAGUUCUCCAUGGUGCACAAGAAGAUCAACCUGGCAGAUGACACGCUGGCCUGGGAGCACGAACGCUUCGGUAUCCGUCGGCUGCCUGCCUUCACGCUGUCGCGUCUGGACAGUCACCGCAGUGUCGCGCGCAACUCUAUCAUGGACAUGCGGUCAGUGUCCUCCUCUCUGGAAAGGGCAGGAGAGACCACCACUGGACCUCAUGUGGAUCUGAAGAAGCUCAGCCGGAACACUAAACUGAUCGCUGAGGCCUUGGCGAGGGUCAUCUACAACCUGACUGAGAAGGGCACCAAUGGAGACUUGGAGAUCUUCACAGAGCAGAUGCAAGUGCAGGAGGACCAGCUGACAUCGCUGAUAGACUGGCUGGCCAGCCAGCCCCGUGCUGCACAGCUGGUAGACAAAGACAGCAGUGUGGUCAGCACCCUGGAGUACUAUAUGGGCCACUAUCUGAAGGACGUCAAGAGACAUUUUGUAAAAGCCGACAAGAGGGACCCAGAGUUUGUGUUCUAUGAUCAACUUAAACAGACCAUGAAUGCUUACAGAGUAAAACCAGCCGUCUUUGACCUGCUGCUGGCGCUGUGCAUUGCUGCGUACCUCGGACUGGUGUACUUGGCUGUCCAGCAUUUCGGGGUCCUGUACAGCAUCCUUCGCCGGCUCACGGCACCACGAGCCAAGCAACACUAAGCAGCUCCGGCUCCUGCUCUCCUUACACCUGCAAUAUGAGGGACUUCCUGCAGUCCCAGUGGAGCCAAGAGUGUGUUCUCACAAAUCUGUCUUUCUUCCUUUUUCUGGGAGUGGAACUUGACCCCAACCCUUCCCACCGACACCAACACCACGCGUGUUGCUCUCCACUCCUUCACUGGCUAGCACAAGUUAAGAGCAGCCUUUUAAAGUCUUCCCUUAUCACUUCACCACAUCCCAGUCUGAAGCUAGUGUUUCCCUGAUCUCUAUAGCUCACGUGCUUAAUUGGCAGCUGUGUCAAAAUAGGCCAGAUUGCACUUGAUGAAGUUGGUGUGGGCUAGCUGGAAAAAGCUGUUUGGUAAGCUUGUUCAGUUUAGAGACAGCUCACGUCUGACACAAGUGUAGUGCCUUUGAUAAUACAGAUAUUAAGCGCAUGGUUCAGUGCAAUUGGCUAUGUAAAACUUUCAGUAUCGGUAUGGUAUAAAACAAAACAGAAAAACAAGCAAAAUAUCUGGCAAACUAAAUUUUAGUCCCUUUUUUCUUAUCAACUACAUAAUCCAAGUGUUAUAUUUUCUUUCUAAUUUCCCCAUGUCUCCUCUUAAUUUGCUUUAACAGACCACACUAGCCAUGAUUGUUUUGGAGGAAACACACAUACCUCUCCUUUACUUUCCUGAGCUCUGUUUUGCAUAAGAGGCAGUUGCUUUCAAAAUGCAGGAUUCGGUGAAAGUGAAGCUGCUAGAGGUCUUUCAUCUGUUAUUUAUGGAAGCGAGUGAUGCUUCACCUUGCACUGAUUUUUAAAUGGUUUGUUUCACUCUUGAGAAUUAAUGCAUCUACAGUUUAUGAACUGUGAUCCUGAUCACAAAAAUAAAGUUUUGUUGAAAUACA